CCGGCCCGCUGAGCCAUGCCGGGCCCCGCGAGCCCCGCCGGCGCCCGAGCGCGCCCGGCCCUGCUGCUCCGGCUCCUGCCGCUCCUGCCGCUGCUCCGGGGCGGCCACGCGGGCACCCUGACAGUAGCCGUGGUGCUGCCGCUGGCCAACACCUCGUACCCGUGGUCGUGGGCGCGCGUGGGGCCCGCCGUGGCGCUGGCCCUCGCCCGCGUGGAGGCGCGGCGCGACCUGCUGCCGGGCUGGACGGUGCGCACGGCGCUGGGCAGCAGCGAGAACGCGCAGGGCGCCUGCUCCGACACCGCCGCGCCGCUGGCCGCUGUGGACCUCAAGUGGGAGCACGACCCCGCGCUGUUCCUGGGCCCCGGCUGCGUGUACGCGGCCGCCCCCGUGGGCCGCUUCACCGCGCACUGGCGCGUGCCGCUGCUGACCGCCGGCGCCCCGGCGCUGGGCUUCGGCGCCAAGGACGAGUACGCGCUGACCACGCGCGCCGGUCCCAGUCACGCCAAGCUGGGCGACUUCGUGGCGGCGCUGCACCAGCGGCUGGGCUGGGAGCGCCGGGCGCUCCUGGCCUACGCCUACCGGCCCGGCGACGACCAGCCCUGCUUCUUCGUGGUGGAGGGGCUGUACAUGCGCGUCCGCGACCGCCUCAACAUCACGGUGGACCACGUGGAGUUCGCCGAGGGCAACCACGACCACUACGCUAGGCUGCUGCGCACCGUGCAGCGCCAGAGCCGCGUCACCUACAUCUGCAGCUCCCCGGAAGCCUUCAGGACCCUGAUGCUCUUGGCCCGAGAGUCGGGCCUUGGCGCGGAGGAGUACGUUUUCUUCCAUCUGGAUGUCUUUGGGCACAGCCUUCAAGGUGCACAGGGCCCCGACCCCCGGCCCUGGGAGACAGGGGACGGGCAGGACCUCAGUGCCCGCCCAGCCUUUCAGGCUGCCAAGAUCAUUACCUAUAAAGACCCGGCUAACCCUGAAUACUUGGAAUUCCUACGGCAGCUAAAAGUUGUGGCCCGGGAACAGUUCAACUUCAGCGUGCAGGACGGCCUGGAGAACAUCAUCCCAGCGUCCUUCCACGAUGGCCUCCUGCUCUAUGUCCAGGCAGUGACGGAGACUCUGGCACACGGGGGCACUGUCACCAGUGGGGAGGACAUCACUCAGAGGAUGUGGAACCGAAGCUUCCUGGGUGUGACCGGAUACCUGAAAAUUGACAGCAGUGGAGACCGGGAGACCGAUUUCUCCCUCUGGGAUAUGGAUCCUGCCACGGGCGCCUUCAGGGUUGUGCUGAACUACAACGGGACCUCCCAGGAGCUGGUGGCUGAGUCAGGCCGUGACUUACACUGGCCCCUGGGGUAUCCUCCUCCUGACGUCCCUAAAUGUGGCUUUGACAAUGAGGACCCGGCCUGCCACCAAGACCUCUUCUCCACUCUGGAGGUGCUGGCGGUGGUGGGAAGCCUCUCAGUGCUCAGCAUCCUGAUCGUCUCCAUCUUUGUGUACAGGAAGAUGCAGCUGGAGAAGGAGCUGGCCUCGGAGCUGUGGCGGGUGCGCUGGGAGGACGUGCAGCCCAGCAGCAUGGAGAAGCACCUCCGGAGCGCGGGCAGCCGGCUGACCCUCAGCGGGAGAGGCUCCAACUACGGCUCCCUGCUGACCACCGAGGGCCAGUUCCAGGUCUACGCCAAGACAGCGUACUACAAGGGCAACCUCGUGGCUGUGAAACGCGUGAACCGGAAGCGCAUCGAGCUGACGCGGAAAGUCCUGUUUGAACUGAAGCACAUGCGGGAUGUGCAGAAUGAGCACCUGACCAGGUUUGUAGGCGCCUGCACCGACCCCCCCAACAUCUGCAUCCUCACGGAGUACUGUCCUCGAGGGAGCCUGCAGGACAUCCUGGAGAACGACAGCAUCACCCUAGACUGGAUGUUCCGUUACUCGCUCGCCAAUGACAUCGUCAAGGGAAUGCUGUUUCUGCACAGUGGGGCCAUUUGCUCCCAUGGGAGCCUCAAGUCUUCCAACUGCGUGGUGGACGGGCGCUUUGUGCUUAAGAUCACUGACUACGGCUUGCAGAGCUUCCGAGACCCAGAGCCUGAGCAGGGACACAGCCUCUAUGCCAAAAAGCUGUGGACAGCCCCUGAGCUCCUGAGAAUGGCUUCUCCCCCUGCCCGAGGCUCCCAGGCUGGAGAUGUGUACAGCUUUGGCAUCAUCCUUCAGGAGAUAGCCCUGAGGAGCGGGGUGUUUCACGUGGAAGGUUUGCAUCUCAGCCCCAAAGAGAUCAUUGAGCGUGUGACCCGGGGUGAGCAGCCCCCCUUCCGGCCCUCCCUGGCCCUGCAGAGCCACCUGGAGGAGCUGGGGCAGCUGAUGCAGCGGUGUUGGGCUGAGGACCCACAGGAGCGGCCGCCCUUCCAGCAGAUCCGCCUGACGCUGCGCAAGUCGAACAGGGAGCACAGCAGCAACAUCCUGGACAACCUGCUGUCCCGCAUGGAGCAGUACGCCAACAACCUGGAGGAGCUGGUGGAGGAGCGCACCCAGGCCUACCUGGAGGAGAAGCACAGGGCUGAGGCCCUGCUCUACCAGAUCCUGCCGCACUCAGUGGCCGAGCAGCUGAAGCGAGGGGAGACUGUCCAGGCGGAAGCCUUUGACAGCGUGACCAUCUACUUCAGUGACAUUGUGGGCUUCACCGCGCUGUCUGCGGAGAGCACGCCCAUGCAGGUGGUGACCCUGCUCAAUGACCUAUACACUUGCUUUGAUGCUGUCAUCGACAACUUUGAUGUCUACAAGGUGGAGACGAUCGGCGACGCCUACAUGGUGGUUUCGGGGCUCCCAGUCCGAAACGGGCGGCUCCACGCCCGAGAGGUGGCCCGCAUGGCCCUGGCACUCCUGGAGGCCGUGCGCUCCUUCCACAUCCGCCACCGGCCGCAGGAGCAGCUGCGCCUGCGCAUCGGCAUCCACACGGGACCCGUGUGUGCUGGCGUGGUAGGCCUGAAGAUGCCCCGCUACUGCCUCUUCGGAGACACGGUCAACACAGCCUCGAGAAUGGAGUCUAAUGGGGAAGCCCUGAAGAUACACUUGUCUUCGGAGACCAAGGCUGUCCUGGAGGAGUUUGAUGGUUUUGAGCUGGAGCUGAGAGGAGAUGUAGAAAUGAAGGGCAAAGGCAAGGUGCGAACCUACUGGCUCCUGGGGGAGCGGGGCAGCAGCACUCGGGGCUGACCGUCCGCCACCGCGGGGGGGUCGGCGAGGAGGAGCCCGCGGCUGGCCGGGCUCAGUGGAGGCACCAGGUGAGACCCGGGACGCCUGGCCUGGGGAGAACUCGUGCUCAGGACUGGCUGGAGCGCAGUCGCACCCUCGCCCACUGUGCCUGGGCCAGGCGGGCUGCAGACGUCUGAUCCCCUCGCCCUUGCCACACUGACUUGUUACCCUCACGGGAAUGUGAAGAGGAGACGUGGACUGCGGGCCAGGAAACCAGAUCUGGCACUGCCCACGGGGGCCUCUGGCUCCGCCCCGUCGCCGCGAGGGCCGCCGCCCUGCCGUGAGCACCGCCCGCACCCUUGGCUGCUCUGGUGCGGACCUGCGGCUGGUGCCUCUUCCGGCGGCGGGGCGGACAGGGCCCUGCGUCCCACCUCCUGCUUCACAAAGCCGCCCGUCCGGAGUCCGGAAAGGGUCGCAGUCACUCAGCUCGGAGACCACCGCACAGCACCACGCGGAGCCCCAGAGAGCCCUUGGUGUGGCUCUACCCGUCCAAUCGCUGUAUUAGAAAUUAAAACAACCGAAAGAAAUCUUGAUUAA